UCAAUUGGCAACCGUCCUUCCCGUCCUUCCCACUGGAAAAAAUUCUGGAAUUCAGUACUUCAAGCAGCUGCAGAGCACCGCAAUUUCUGCUACAAGAAAUGGUGCCGUGCAUGUGGUACAGACAGAAUUCAUUGGUGGGAUAAGCAUCUCAAAGUGCAGGCAGAAUUCCGACAUCAAGUGCAAUCAUCUAAGCGCCAAUCAUGGCAUGCUUUCUGCAAAUCAAUGGAACAAGACUUUUCCAAAGCAACAUCAAAGAUCAAGCAACUCAAACGCCAACAGCAGCCUCAGCACAUGUUUCAACAUAGUGAUGGACCAGCAACAGCAGCAACAAUUAUGUGUGAGCAUCUUGCAUCUGUAUACAGUGGCAGUAUCCUCUCAGAUCAGCGUCCUCCUCCUCCUCUUCACAGUACUAGUCUGCCUUUUGCCUCUGCCAACUCACCAUUUGUUUCUUCAGUGGUAGAGGGAUGCAUGCAAUUUAUGCCUAACUGCAAGGCACCAGGCCCAGAUCACAUCAGAGCAGAAAUGUUGAAAGUAAUUCAACCACAAAUUGCUCCACUACUCUCACUCUUGUUCACCAUCUGUUGGCAAUGGUCAUAUGUACCUGUUAUUUGGCGUCAGGCUCAAGUUUUUCCCAUUUACAAAAAGGGAGAUCCAUCAAUUGCUGCUAACUAUUGA